AUGAAUAAAACCCGAACUUGUGCGGAAGAGGAUUUAUUUAUGAGUUUCAGGCUGAAAUUUGCUCGGCGAGGACCCGGAGCGGGCAGGCAGGAAUACAGAUGAGAUCCCGCAGGCCAAGCCGGCAGCUGGAGAAGCCGUAGCCACCAGGAUGCACGAGGUGACAGAGAUCCGGAUAAAAUAUCCCAACAAGAUCCCGGUAAGGGCUGCGCUCCGUUCUCCUCGUGCCCAUGAAUGCCGAAAGGGGAAGCCGUGAGGGUCUUUGCUAAAGACCUCGUGGGUCUCGACUCUGAAAACCGUAGCUCUGCCGCUCAGGGUGGUCCCGCAGCCUCCCGGGGUCCUGAGUCCCCCUCCAGCACCUUCUCCCCACCGCAGGUGGUUGUGGAGCGCUACCAGAAGGAGAAGACCUUGCCGCCCUUGAACAGGACCAAAUUUCUGGUGUCCCAGGACCUGCCCCUCUCCCAGUUCGCUGUCACCCUGCGGACGCGGCUCUGCCUGGCCUCCUCCCAGACCUUCUACCUGCUGGUGAACAACAAGGGCUUGCCGAACAUGGCCGUCACCAUGCAGGAGCUGUACCGUGACAACAAGGACGAGGAUGGCUUUCUCUACUUGACCUACGCCUCCCAGGAGAUGUUCGGCAGCUCUUCCUCCAGCGAGCCAACGGCUGCUUGACGGCCAAACCGCCUCCCGCCGCCGCGUCCUCGUCUCGGGACCCCGAUGGCCGGUUGAGGUCGGGGAACGUAUCUCUCCAAACUUGGCUUAAAAAUCUGUGGGGAGCCCCGAAUUGUGGCUGGACCAAACCUCACCUUCUCUCUGGCUGCUGACAGGCUCAGCUUUGUAAUGGUCUUAAAAAAAAAAAAAAAAAAAAAAAAACAAAAAACCCCAAAAAAACCAAAACCUCCGCUCGACACCUCCUUAAUCUUGUGGCUUUAGGUAGAAAUUAUUCUCCCAACACGGCAGAAGAUGGUGCAGCUUUACUCGGAUCCGGGGGAAGAUUAUUCUUCUACCAGGCUCUUCUAAAGGGCUUUGCAGCCUGUCAGCCCUGCCCAGAAAGACUUCGGCUCCUUCUAAACGCCUCUCCUAACGGGAUCGAGAGCGGGGAGCUUCACGGUUUUUUGUUUUUUUUUUUUUGGGAAGCUGCGUGGCUGGUCCAGCUGCUGCUAGAGCAUCCGUGUUCUCCAAACGUGGAAUA